AUGGACCCCAAGCAAGCCAUCAACCAGCUUCGGAACGGGGAGAAAGUCGCCUGGCCGGAGAACGCAGAGUCCCUCGACUUCGCCCAACAUCUCGACAACAACACAACCUCCUUCCGCGACCAAUUCGUAAUCCCCACCAAAGCCCAACUCAAACGCACCAGCAUCGUCGACACAGCCGACACCAGAGCACCCGCGACCUCCCAAUUCGACAGCAGCAUCUACUUCUGCGGCAACUCGCUGGGCCUGCAGCCCAAAGCCGUAGCAGAGUAUCUCGGCGCGUACCUCCAAACAUGGGGCUCCAUCACCGUGGGCGGACACUUCACUCAGCUCGAGGACUCGCCCCUCGUGCCGUACCAGGACAUGGCGGCGGACUGUGCGAGGAAAACGGCCGGGAUCGUCGAGGCGAGUCCCGAGGAGAUUGUGGUUAUGAAUACGUUGACGGUGAAUUUGCAUUUGAUGAUGGCGGCUUUUUAUCGGCCUGAAGGGAGGAGGAAGAGGAUUAUGUUGGAGUGGAGGCCGUUUCCUAGUGAUUAUUAUGCGAUCGAGUCGCAGAUCGAGUGGCAUGGUUUGGACCCGGAGGAGGCUAUGCUGAAGGUUGAGCCUGAUGAUGGCUAUCUCAUUACGACUGAGAAGAUUCUCUCGUUGAUCGAUCAGCAUGCCGGUGAGUUGGCUUUGAUCCUGUUGCCUGGAAUCCAGUACUACAGUGGUCAACUCCUGGACAUUCCGACCAUCACCAAGCAUGCUCAUGCGAAGGGCCUCAUCAUCGGAUGGGAUCUUGCACAUGCAGCCGGCAACGUCGAGUUGAAGCUGCACGACUGGGACGUCGAUUUCGCGUGCUGGUGUACGUACAAGUACAUGAACUCCGGAGCCGGAUCUAUCGCUGGUGCUUUCGUUCACGAGAAGCACGGCGAUGCCAGGAAGAACAAGGCUUUGAAGGGCUGGUAUGGCCACGACAAGUCAAGUCGAUUCCUCAUGGACAACAAAUUCCGCCCAACCCCCGGCGCCCAAGGCUUCCAACUCUCCAACCCCUCCGUCAUCGACCUAACCUGCCACUCCGCCUCCCUCUCCGUCUUCAACCAAACGACCAUGGCCGACCUGCGCUCCAAAUCCCUCCUCCUAACAGCCUACGCCGAGCACCUGCUCAACAAAAUCGCCGAGCGGACAUUCGACGGCAGCUACCCUUUCGAGAUCAUCACGCCCAAGGAUCCCUUACGGCGUGGUGCGCAGCUGAGUGUUCUCCUCAGGGAGGAGCUGAUGGAGGAGGUCAGUAAGGCGCUGGAGGCGGCGGGGAUUAUUUGCGAUAAGCGGAAACCGGGGUGUAUAAGGGUUGCUCCUGCGCCCCUUUACAAUACUUUUAGUGAUGUGUGCAGGUUUAUGGAGACUUUUGAGGGGGCGGUGAGGCCGAAGAAGGUGGCGGAGCAGGCGUCGGCGCAGGGUGGUGAGGUGGAGGCGAGGCUGUAG